UCAAUCGAGUUACUUUCGCAAGCUUCAGCCGAGUCUUUACAUUCGACGUUGGCAAUGGGUAAAAAGAAGGCCGCCGGCAGGCAGCAAGCAUUGACCGAACUGGAACCUCUAUUGGAAGAGUUGUCCACGGAAUCAACUGGUAGCUCUCGGCCCACAACCCAGCGGCCCAAGACCUCUCCUUACACAGGUUCUCCUAUCGCACUUCAUAUCGGCCCAGAGCACAGAGAGUACUACGUCCCGCAAAACCUCUUGCAAAACCCGGGAUGGAUCGCCUCCUGUUCAUCGGGGGACUAUAUAUACCUGCCCAAUGUCGACGAGGACACCGGCCAUGUACUGGUUCACUACCUGUACACCGGCGUUUACCAAACGCUCGACAACAUGGAGACCUCUCCGGUUAAGGAGGUACAUAUUGAAUUCAAGAGAGCUGUCUUGGCCUAUAUCACCGCGAAGACUUAUGAGCUCGCCGGCCUACAGCAGCUGGCAAUGCACAAGGUCGAACACUACGGCACGGAGAUGAACAUCUUCGACGUCGUUGAAGCUCUCAACGAAGACUUCUCAAAACUCCCGGGUAAUACCCACUGGCUCCAGGACUACCUAAACGGGAAAAUCAAAACUGCUUUUGAGGAAGAUCACACCACAUUUGCAAAGGAUGACUUCUUUGGCCGCAUUAGCAAUGUUGCUCUCAACAAAGUCCUGGUAAAGCGCGUAGUGGAACUUUACAACAAUAAGCUCUCAUGCAUGCUCAACAUAGAGAAGGAUUCUAUCCAGAGGGUUUCUGAAGAAUAUGUCCCCGCCGCCCAAGACUCACCCGUCGAAGAAGCCCCGGCGCAAGUUUCCGUUGCUAUCGAAGAAGCCCCUGUCGAAGACUGUCCUGUUAAUGAAGGCCCCGCCCAGGAGUGUUCUGUCCAAGAGUGCCCUGUUCAAGAGUGUUCUAUUGGAGGCUCUCCCGUCGAAGAAGCGCCCGUCCAAGAGGCUUCCAUCGAUCCUGUUGCUGCCGAACCGAAAAUUGACAUGAGUUUUGGUGACGGCGGAUCAAAAUCACCUGGUUUCAGUUUUGGCCUUAGCAGUUGGGCCUCCGGGUGGCCUGAGAAGCCAAAGGAGGAAGAAGGCCCAUGGUCUUUUUCGUUCGGCAAUGCUAAGGACGAAAGGAAAAAGAAGAAGGGCGCUACCCUGAUUGAAGAGACUCCUGCCGAGUCUGAACCUGCUUCCGAGCUUGUGCUAGAGCCUGAGCCGGAAGCUGCGAAAGAGGACGACGCAUGGGGAUGGGGCUCAUUCUCGACCGGCAAGAAGAAGAAGAAGAAGGGCAAGAAGGGUGUCAUUGAAGCAAUCGAGGAGCCAAAGGUUGAGGAGCUGCCACCCCUGCCUCCGGAGCUUACACCGCUAGCGGACGAUGACUGGGGCUCUUUAGUGGUGGCUGGCAAGAAAAAGAAGGGCAAGAAGGGCGCGAAACAGGAGACUUUGGUGGAGGAGCCGCCUCCUCCACCACCUCCAGAACCCGAGCUGAGCCCCGGGCCUGAGCCUGAGGACAAGGAAGACGACCCUUGGGAUGAUUGGGGCACGACCAAGAAGAAGAAGAAGGGCAAGAAAGGUAAAGAAGAGCCAAAAGCAAUUGGCACACCCGCUGGCGGUGAAGUGGAUGAUUCAGAGUGUGGACCGUGCAACGCUGAAGCCAUCUGCGAGCCAGAUAUUAGCACUGCUUCCCCAUGUGCGGCGCGGGCUGAAGCCGACGUCACUUUGUGGCCUCUCAAACAAACUGAAGAAGUAGAUAUGCGUGUUAGUAACGGCCAUUCGGAUCUUAAAGCGGAGUCAGAACAGCCCGUUAAGACUAAGGGUGGGAUAUGCCCCGUUCGCGUCAAGCAUUUACUUGAAGGAGACAUGUGGAGAAACUGCAGACAAUGCCGGGCUCUUCUGCGCCAGGUUGCUAUCCAACUUGCGAGCGCGGGCCAUGCAAAUGAGGAUGGAUAUGAGAUAGUGGACGAGGUGUUGAUGGGGUAGCUGCGAAGAGAGAUUGAUAUACUUGCUUGCGAUGGCUUGCUAAAUGCCUCCAGUCUUCUAUAACUCUGGUUUGUGAUUUGCAGUUAGCUUUCGCGGUUAGGCUGACAUGCAGCGGUCAGGCUUCAGCAGGAGGCGAAUUUGCAUGGGACUGGACUGAGUAUGCUUGCUCCAGAGUAUGUUUUGAGAAGCAGACGAACGCCUCGAUCACGCUAGCAGGGAGGAUGGCCGACCCGCUCUGACUAUAACCUUGUACCGGUGGCGAAUCUACAAGACGUGUGCUGGUUGAUGGAGGGGCAAGUGUUUGAUCGCAAGGCUGCGGGGCUUAGGCCGGCCCGCUUGCUAAGAACAUGCACAGCCACAGGCCUGGCAAGCACGACCCUGCCACGUCAGAUUACGUAACGAGUAG